GUCGUGCGACGCCAGGCGCAGCUCAGUCGAGCUGCGGUGUCCGUCUGCGCGCAGCGACCCCAGGCAUGGAGGAACUCUCGCUAGAAGAAGCCAAGAGGACGAAGUUUGUGCCAGUGGACAUAGACACGGCCAUCCAGCUGACAGGGUUCGGAUGGUUCCACUGCGGCCUUGUGCUGGUGUGCGGCGCCUGCUUCAUGUCAGCCGGCUUCCAGAAUGGCCUGAAUGCCUACAUUCUUCCAGCGGCGCAGUGCGACCUGGGCCUGUCGUCUGGCGAGAAGGGGGCACUCAAUGCUGCUUUUAUAAUGGGUUCUGUGUGUGGCACGUUCGUGUGGGGCUCCCUGGCAGACACCGUGGGGCGCAAGCACGUGCUGGUGGCGUCGCUGCUCAUCGACUCUGUCGUCACUUUACUCUCCAGUUUCGUGCAGGCCUACCAACUGUUCGCCGUCUGUCGCUUCUUCAGCGGUUUCAUUAUUGGUGCUCCGUCCUGCCUGGUGUUCCCGUACCUGAGCGAGUUCCACACAGCCUCGCGGGGCUCGGCGAGCAUUUGCCUCGUGGGGUUCUUCUGGACGCUGUCGUGGGUGCUUCUGCCAGCCCUAGCAUGGGUCGUGAUUCCCAUUACAUGGGCAUAUCAUGCCCCUCACUUCGUGUUCAACUCGUGGAGGCUGUUCGUGGCCAUGCUGAGCGUGCCUAGCCUCAUCAGCGCACUCUCUCUCCUGCUGCUGUUCCCCGAGAGCCCACAGUUCCUGCACGCCAGCGGGCGGUCCGGCGCUGCGCUCGCCGUGCUGCAGCACAUGUUCUCCAAGAACACCGGCCGGCCCGCGGCCCAGUACCAGGUGCGGGAGCUGAAGAGAAUGCCCAGGGCAAGCGUGCAGUGCGACACUGAAGGUCAGCAGCCACACUGUAAGCUACAGCUGGUGGAGAACAUAGUUCGUGAGCUGCUGCACCAGGCCAAGAGGUUGUUGGUGGCUCCUCUCCUCCCUCACACUGCUCUCUGUGCAGUCCUGCUGUUUACCAACAUGUUUGGGUAUUUUGGCCUUGGACUUUGGCUCCCAGAACUCUUCAAUCGUCUUGAGACUUUCUAUGCUACUCACCCUAAUGAAAGCAUAUCCGUAUGCGAACUAUCAAGAAUUUCUCAACUCAACGCCUCUUUGGAAGAUCUUUCAACAGGCCCGAAAUGCAGUGGCAACAUGGUUGAGUCCUAUAUGUUUGUGAACAACAUGAUUAUUGGGGCAGCAUGCAUGCUCGGAAAUAUACUGUCCAGUUUGUUAGCUGGUAGUCUAGGACUGAAGGCAAUAUCAAUUACAACGAUGAUCAUAGCAGGCUGCUCUGGUAUUUCAGUCUACUUCAUGCGUUCUUCAGUUCAGAAUUUAAUAGUUUCUUGUGUGUUUCUGGCAUGCAUCAGCACAGCAAACUUUGUUCUCACAGGCAUUGUCGUCGAAAUAUUCCCAACCAGCAUAAGGGGCAUGGCAACAUGUUUCGCCAUAUUGUCCGGGCGCAUUGGUGCCAUUGUAAGCAACCUGAUUUUUGGCGAACUAUUGGACAUCAGUUGCGAAGUUCCCAUAUUCCUCGUGGGAUCUGUAGUGAUAGGCGGUGGUUUAUUGGGAUUUCUGCUGUCGAAGAAACAAGAAACUGGAAUGACUUGAAAGUUAACCUACAAGGGCCGAAUGGCACAAAUUCGACAAUAAAUCAAGUGGCCACUAGCAUUUUCUCUAGUGGUGAUUUGAUACAUCACUAGAUUUCGUAUGUUCAGAAUAUUUUAGUGAAAUCCCAGCUGGGAAUAAUUAUGUCUAGUGUGGAUGUUCACUUAGUACUAUAACAUUCCAAGUAUUUAAUUAUAUGAUGGUUGCAUUAUUCUACCAAAAUUUACAACAGAAACCAACAAAACACAACAGGAAUCUAAGUGUUUUCUGUUGUGUGACAUAAAAGAUUUAAGUGUGUUUUAUUGGAUCCUAUUGGUUUCUGCUGUAAACAAAUAGGAUUUAUUGGGUUUCAGUGGUUUAUUUUUGGGAGAAAAUAGCUUGCAAACGAGAAAAAAAAAUCAGUCUAUUCUGUUGAUUUUUGUUGUCAAAGCACAAUGAAUUCAAUGGCUUUAAUUGGAUUCUGUUGUGAGAUACAAAUUUAGAACAGAAUCUGUUGGGUUUUGUUGUUUUCUGUUGUGAAAAAGUAUGUAAGUUUCUAAUGGGUUUUAAGGUUUUCCAUGGUAUUUGUUGGAUUUUAUUAGUUUCUGUUGUAAAAAAAAGUCAAUUGAUAUCUGUUGUUUUCUGUCAGUUUUUGGUUGUUUCUGUUGUAAAUAUUAUUUAAGUUUAUGUUAUAUUUGAGUGUUUUAAGUUUGUUUAUUAUUUUUUUCGGGUUUUCUAAUGCCAGUCACUUUUUGGGGUCUGCUGUUUUGUAGUGUUUUUCAUUGUAUUCUGUUUUAAAAAAUACUGUUUAUUUCCAUUUUAUUCUGUUGGUUAAUUUAUUGGUUUCUUUUGCAAAUCAUUAUUUAGACUUCUAGUGUAUUCCAUUGUAUUCUCUAAUUUGUUUCUGCUUUCUUUGCAGUGUGUUGUUUUGUGGUUUUUAUUAUUAUAUUCCGUUGGUUUCUGUUGUAGGGCACUUGUUUGGAGUCUGUUUUUUUCUAGAGUUUACCAUUGUUGUUGUUUUAAAUUUUGGUUUCAUGUUUAAGUGACUUUUAUUUUAAACUGUUGUAUUUUGUACUCUCUGUAAUAAAAACCAUUUCAAUUUUCUAUAAUUGUUAUAGUAUUUUUUAUUGCAUUCAGUGUUUUUAAUAUUUUCCAUCGUACAAUUGAUGUUGUGUUUGCUAACAUUUUUGUACAUUUCAUUGGAUUAUUAUAUUAUUUUGUGCAUCAUAUCAUAAAGAUUUCUAUGUUACCUCAUGAUAAACUGAAAUAAAACAAAAACCUAUUUCUUUAAAA